UACAGGCUAAAUGCAAGCGAGUUGGAUUAGCUCAGAUAGACAUCUUGGUUGUCAUUGAUGAGUUGGGGUGAAGGGCCUAACGCCUUGACUAUGACAGUGUGAUUUUUUGCAAUGUCAUUUAGGGAUUAAUGGGAGCUCUCUAUGUUUUCAUAGGAUUUUGGUAAUGCACCAUGUUUUCCCACAGGAAGUUGCAUGGUGCAUGAGUAAGUGGGUCAAUGACACGUCUGUGCUUCUUGCAGGUGUUUGCGGUUGCUGUGGAGCUCUGCGGCCAAGAUACAAGAGGCUAGUGGACAAUAUCUUCCCUGAGGACUCUGAGGAUGGGCUAGUGAAAGCCAACAUGGAGAAGCUGACCUUCUACGCCCUGUCUGCACCAGAAAAGCUGGACCGAAUUGGUGCAUAUCUUGCAGAGAGACUGAGCAGAGAUGUGGCCAGGCACCGAUAUGGGUAUGUGUGCAUUGCAAUGGAGGCUCUAGACCAGCUCCUGAUGGCCUGUCACUGCCAAAGUAUCAACUUGUUUGUGGAGAGUUUUCUCAAGAUGGUGGCCAAGCUUCUCGAGUCUGACAAAGCAGCAUUGCAGAUCCUGGGAACAAAUUCGUUCAUAAAGUUUGCAAACAUUGAAGAGGACACCCCAUCAUACCAUCGAAGCUACGACUUUUUUGUUUGUCGGUUCAGUGAGAUGUGUCACUCAGGACAUGACGAUGUUGCUGACAGGACCAAAAUCCGUAUGUCUGGAAUAAAGGGUCUGCAGGGCGUGGUGAGAAAGACAGUCAAUGAUGAGCUGCAAGCCAACAUCUGGGAACCCCAGCACAUGGAUAAGAUCGUCCCCUCACUGCUCUUCAAUUUGCAGCAGGUAGAGGAUGCAGACAGCCGAUCUCCAUCCCCACUGCAAGCAACUGAGAAGGAGAAGGAGAGUCCCGCUGCUCUGGCAGAAGGUUGUCUCCGGGAGCUGCUGGGCAGAGCUGCCUACGGAAACAUCAAAAAUGCCAUCAAGCCAGUUUUAAUGCACUUGGAUAACCAUUCACUGUGGGAGCCAAAGCUGUUUGCGGUGCACUGCUUCAAGAUCAUCAUGUAUUCCGUUCAGUCGCAACAUUCCCAUCUGGUCAUACAGCAGCUGGUAGGACACCUGGAUGCCAACAGUAAGAGCGCCGCCAAAGUACGUACUGGCAUUGUGGAGGUGCUGUCCGAGUCCGCUGUGAUUGCAGCCGCUGGCUCUGUAGGGCCCACGGUGCUGGAGGUGUUCAACAUAUUGCUACGACAUCUGCGCCUCAGCAUUGAUUAUGAAGUCACGGGCAAAUAUGAUUCCACCAUUAACAUCAGCAACCAGAUCAUCAAAGAGCAUGAGGAGCGAGUGUUUCAGGAGGCUGUGAUCAAGACCAUUGGUGUUUUUGCCAAUACCUUGCCUGCCUAUCAAAGGUCUGAAGUCAUGUUGUUCAUCAUGGGAAAAGUUCCACUUCCAACAGUUCACCAGGCCCUGGACUUGAGAAAACCAGGGGAUGAUGCGAAUCGUAUGAUUCAGUUGAUGCUGCUGAAAUCUCUCCUCCAGGUAACGAUUGGGUUCCAGAGCAAGAACCUGUUAGCAACCCUGCCCACCUCCUUCUUGGAGUCUCUUCUGUCUGCCUCAUUAAUGGAAGAUACAGAACUUCGACUCCUGGUCAUCGAGAUCCUCCUCAGUCUGAUCGACCGACAAGAAAACAGGCGCAAGCUCUCUCACGUCAGUCUUAUUUCCGAUAUCUCUGCCCUGAUGCUGAAGGUAGAAAAAUGCUCUCGACAGGAUACACUCUUCAUGAAGAAGCACUCACAGACCUUGUACAGAUAUAUCUACAUGAGCUGCAAGCAGCAGAAUAACUCUUACAUCCAUUACGAUGCCAUCUAUGCCAUGUUGGCCAUCAUCAGUAUGGAGCUAGCCAAUGAAGAGGUGGUGGUGGACCUGAUCCGUGUGGUAUUGGCCCUUCAGGAACUUUCCCUCAACAAUGAUGAUUGCCUGCCUGUGUGGAACCGUUGUGCAAUACAUGCCCUUGCCUCUGCUUACCUGCACUUCAUCAGCCAGCUCACCACCCUACCAGCCUUCUGCCAGAACAUCCAGCAGGUGAUUGAGACACGUCAAACGGCAGCACUAUACCUUUUACCUGAAGGAGUCUUUGAAUCUGAAAACAGUAUUCCGCAGUCCAUGGACAAAUUGGAGAAGGAGCUGCUGUUCUUGCAGAAUGAGAUCAGUGAGGCUUUUGCAGGUAGUGGCUACAGCUCCGACAGGCUGGGAAUCCCCUACAUCCCCCAAUUCACAGAUGAAGACCGCUUAUCAAAGAGGAAGAGCAUUGGUGAGACCAUCUCUCUGCAGGUGGAAGUGGAAUCUCGCAAUAGUCCGGAAAAGGAAGAGAAGAUGCCAGCUGAGGAAAUCACAUACGAAACCCUGAAGAAAGCAAUAGUAGAUGGUGGAGCAAUGGAGGAGCAGGAGAGGGAGAGGAGGCGGCUGGUGGUGGAGAAGUUUCAGAAGGCUCCAUUUGAAGAGAUAGCAGCCCACUGUGGAGCAAGGGCAACUAUUCUGCAGAGUAAGCUAAAUCAAAUCUUUGAGAUAACUGUAAGGCCUCCUCCGAGCCCAUCAGGCUCAACCAUUGGUUACGGCCAGACGCCGCCCCGCUCCGUGCCCGUGUACGAGAUGAAGUUCCCAGACCUUUGUGUGUACUAACAGAGCAGGUUGCAGAGCAGCAGAUCGGUGGAAUGUUGGGUCCCCUCCCAUCCAUGGGAUGGGGGCAGCUGCAUCGAACGUCUCAAAAACCAUCCCACAGAACGCCAGCCGUCACCUCGCUGUUGUGCCCGUUGGCGCAAACAUGGUCAUCCUUUAGUGCUUUGUCAUGAAGUCACGUGUCAAUGCACGGCCUGUGCUAACUAACCCCUGAUCACAGAUAAGCUUUACUAGAGCUUGCUGCUUCCUGUAGUGUGAGUGCAGAGCACCACUGCAGGCAGCAGUGAAGGAGCUGGCAUCAUCAACCCAUACAACACAUGCCUACUGAUAGUCACUCUCCGAUACCAUGUCGAUAGCCUCUCAGAUACCACAAUCUCAAUGCAGGCUCUCUGGCCCACAGCAGUCCUGGUUUGAUGCUUGGGGUAAGGAAUGGGAUAGCUACAAUCAAUUGAACGUUCAGAAUAACCUGUCAACUCAGUGGUGGUGCUGAGAGUUUGUUUAUCCUGUUGCCCUCGUCAAUGUUGGUGUGUUUUGUUUCUGCUGAUGUACUCUGGUCUCCCAGCAUCGGUGCCGGGGAGAGCUCUGAAAUCGCCGAGGUUACGAGGAUCGGAGAGUGGAGCGGUGCUUGUAGCUCUAAAUCGUUGCUUCCUUGCAGAAAGCUUAGAAGAUGCUUUCAUUUAAAAUCCAUUUCAUUGAUCGUGAAAAUAAUAAAACGUGCAGAUGCUAGAAAUCUGAAAUAAAACCAAAACUCUGGAAACACUCAUGAGGUCUGGCAGCAGCUGUGGAAGGAGGAACAGUUAACAUCUCAGAUGAAAGAUCUCUCAUUAGCUGUUCGGACCAAGUGUCUAGGCUGAAAGGUGAACGGUCUCCUACACAGAUGCUUGCCAUACCUAAAGAGUGAUUUCAGAGUGUUCUGGUUAUGUGUCAUUGGUCAUCUGUCUUAUCAGAACUCUGCCAGCUCCUAUACUGGAAGCUUACAACACAACAACAGCCUGCACUCAACAGCAGACAUCCCCAGCAUGGAGCCCUGCUCUCAGACCAUUGCCAUCAGUGAAUAUUAAAAACCAAUGUUCAAACCUUCA